AUGUUUGCCAAGUCAAUCGCCGUUGUCGCGCUCCUCGCCGGCCUCGCUGUUUCCCAAACCAAUUCAACUGUCAACAUCGGCGCUUUGUCACUCACCAUGAAGGGCCAAUGGUGUGGCGCUCAGCAAGCUACGUGCCCCGAGCUCUGCCCUGAUUACAUCAAGAAUGACUGCGACUCUAACACUCUCGUCGUCAACUGUACCUGCGCUAACGGCACUGCUCCCGGCCUCGACUACUAUAUCAACACCAUCCCAACCUUCCUUUGCGAGGAGCUUCACACCGAGUGCAAGGCUAACAACGCCGGUUCCGCGACUGCUCAAAAGGCAUGCGACGAUGCUGAGAAGGCAGACUGUGGAACACUCGAUCCAGCCAAAUACACUGCCCCAACAUCCACCAGCUCUUCUGCCAGCUCAUCUGCCACUGUUGCAUCCGCUACCUCCGCUGCUGCUAGCGCUGCUGCGACAACGACCUCCAAAGCUGCCGCUGCUCCCACCAUGGGUCUCUCGCGAGAACUCGGUACUGGUAUAUUCGCUGUCGGUGCCGCCGCAGCUUUCGGUCUCAUGAUCUAA